UCACUUUUCCAUCAUCGAUUGGGUCCCAAAAACUGUCCCCAAGUGCGUGCGACCUGUGUCGAAAUAUCGCAGUGAGAGGAAACGAGAAAGGUAGAAGGGGCAAGUGUGAUGGAAAAAGGGCAAAUGUUGUUCAGCAGCAGCAGCAUAAGCAUAUUGUUGGGGUGUCGUUCGCCAGAUAGUUUUUUCAUCGCUCUGUGUCAUUUCUAAAUUUGGUUUUAGUGCGACGGGAGAAAAUGAGAAAAGUGGAAAAAAGUUUUAAAAGCUGGACGGGGAAGAUUUUCUAAUUUCCCUACACGUUCGUCAAAGUGGAUUGACACGGGCCCACUUUUUGGCAGACCGUCCGAUUGUUGGAUUUUCCAAUGUGUCUCUGCUGUGAAUCCUUUCUUGAGCCCCCUUUUCUUCGUGUAUCAUGUGUGACUAUUUUCCGGGAGUUUCAAUCGAUAUGAUUUUUAAUAUUUUCGACAAAUGGUGCGCAGUGCUUUAAAUAUGAAUGGAAAAAGAUGAAGAUCUAUUGUUUCUGAUGAAAAAAGUGCAUAAAACAAAAAAUCAGCCAACCAGAAGAAAAGUGUAAAUCCUUUCCCAUCUAUCUAAAAGUAGGCAGAAAAAAUGAAAAAUAACACAUGAAUAGUUUACAAGAAGAAUCCAGUAUCCUACAUAUCUCAAGUGCAAACAAAUCAUAGUGAAAGCGAUAAAACAAGAAGAAAAGUAGGCGAAACAAGCGCAUUUUCACAGCAUUCUGCGAUUGGCGAAAAAACACAUUCAAGGAGGAAAAGCCGGAGCAGUACAAUACCUUUAGUACAAUAACAACAACAACAACAACUGCAAGAGAAAUAUGGAUCAAUGCUCAAGCCUGCUGGUAUCUACCCUGUUCAGCGCGAUUAUCCUCGGUGGUUUAUAUAAUCCAGUUGAAGCACAACUGCGACCUCGGAUACAGGAACAUCCGGCAGAUGCAGUCGCAGCCAAGGAAGAACCACUGACACUGAACUGCAAAGCAGUUGGCCGGCCACCUCCUGAGAUUAAUUGGUAUCACAAUGGGGUGCCAUUGGGGCCCUCCGAUAGGCGGGUGAUACUGCCCGAGGGCUCGCUGUUCUUUCUAAAGGUGAUGCAGAAUAAGCGCGAACAGGAUGCUGGAGUGUAUCACUGUGAAGCGCACAACUCGGCUGGCAUUGCGGUGAGCAGAAAUGCUACGCUACAGAUCGCCAUUUUGAAGGACGAGUUCCGAGCAAUGCCAAAAGAUACGGUGGCCUUGGUAGGUGGUCCAGUGAUACUGAACUGUACGCCCCCUCGUGGCAUACCGGAGCCAUCGGUUCUUUGGAUAAAGGACGGUAAACUGUUGGACAUUAGUGGAAAACGGUUGAGCAUGGUGGAUUCUGGAAGCUUGAUGAUUUCGGAAAUUCAACCGAACGACACGGGCAAAUACGAAUGCUCGGCGCAGAGUAUGGCUGGAACGAAAACCACGCCCCCGGCAUAUUUGAAGGUGCUGGCUCCACCUACUAUAGUAAAAAGUCCGCACGAUACUGAGGUGUUAGAAGGGGAAGGGUUCGAUCUGCCUUGCGAGUUGGCAGGAGAUCCGAAACCUAUGGUAACGUGGCGGAAAGAAAAUGGACGACUCCCGGAAGGCAGGUCGAGAAAACUGUUAGACAAUACACUGAGGAUAGAGGACGCUCGACAAGAUGACGAGGGAAAGUACAUCUGUGAGGGCCAUAACGAGGGAGGGAACGUGACUAUCUCGAUCUAUUUGUACGUCUACGAAGCGCCUACGUUUAUGGAAGCACCGGUAGAUGUCGUCAUCAGAGAGGGCGAGGGGAUCACAUUGCCUUGUCGAGCCAAGGGGCGACCCGGAGUGCGGAUAUUUUGGGAUCGCAUCGAUAAACCACAUGUAAAUAAUAGUGCCAGCAAACCGCAAAGCCAAGCGCAGAUUGGGCACAAACCUGCCGAAAAAUCCAAGCGUAGUAUUUCGCUUAAGACAACUAAAAAUCACGUACGUUCCUUUGCACCCGAAUCGGUGGGAAAUUGGUCAAUUAAGAUAGAACCGGUUUCUGAAAAGCAGCUGUUUCAGUUGCCACACACCUCAAGAAUGCAUUCCAUCCGAAAGAAGCGAGAAACUACCGAAACGAGUAACGAACCGGACGCAAUUUCCAGUACGGUUGCAUCCUUGUUGAUCAGCAGCAGUGUAGUCCACUUCGAAGACAAUGGUGGGCUAACUCUGAAGGCUGUCAGCAAAGCUGACGAAGGAUGGUACGCAUGUGCUGCCAUCAACGAAGCAGGCAGUAUUGUAAAGAAGAUCUUUAUCAAAGUUUUGGACAAAGAUGAAUCACUCGAGGCGCGGAAGGAGCAAAUUCACACCUACGACCAAAGUCGGUGGGUCAGUGAACAGUUCAUAGUGCUGAACAAUGUGUUCACUAUUUCUGCCAGCUCAAUCGGGAUCUCGUGGGAUGUGACUGACAGCGCCACGAAGAUGCCUCUCCGGAUGUAUUAUCGAGUAGCGAGUGAACCAAUGGAUAACUUUAUUUACAACUCGACAUUCGAGAGUCAAGUUACGACGAGCAACUUGAAAGAGCUGACAUUGAAUGAUCUACGACCAUUCACGGAGUACGAAAUCUUUGCCAGCAUACCGGAGGGAUUAUCCGGGUCUGUGUCCAAUAUCCGAAGAGGAAAAACUCUGGAUGGACCUCCAUCAGCGCCUCCAACCGACGUCAGGGUCGGAGUUAUCAACACAACAGCAGCUUUUGUACGGUGGUCACCUCCACCGGUACACAUGUUAAAUGGAGAACUCACUGGAUAUAAGAUUCAAAUCAAAUCAAAUGCCACAAACAAAGUACUUGGACAGAUGAUUCUUAAUUCUACAACACAGUCAGUGGUUAUCAACAGUUUGACACCAGGAGCGAUGUACAUCGCUAAGGUAGCAAGUUUGACGUCUGGAGGAAUAGGACCCUACAGUUUACCAACUUCACUGCAUAUGGAUCCCCAAAACAUUGUUAGAACUGACCCCACACCAAGCUAUUGGAUGUCAUCAUGGAUGUCCGGGACGGCCCUCGUGAUUCUUUGCGUUUGUCUGAUAGGUGGAGCGAUUUUUGCCAUUUUCUGGACCGUCCGUAAGAAACAAUCCGUCAAGGCUUCCUACCCUGGCCCUUCGGUUACGACGAUUAUUCCAGAUAAACAGCACACUCUGUGGCUGCAUGGGAAUACAUUAGUUAAGCCGUCUCACUCUCUAGAUCCUCCGAGCACAUCAGAAUACGCUGAGCUCACUAAUAACACACAGAGUCUCAAGCCGAACAACUGUGUUCCUCCACCUGAGCCUUACGCAACUGUUACGCUUCAAAGGGGUGGAACCAUUUCCGAGGAAUCUUGCAUGAAAUGUGCAAAUAGUCCAGUUUCCAGCGAGUACAACGCCCCGCUCCGGGAACCAAUCAACAUAUCAGACGUACUGCCACCACCGCCCGAUCAUCCAUACGGCACAUAUCGCCCACCGACCAGCAUGACAAUCCGGACCAACCCGGCCGCUUUGUCACCGCAAAUGAUGCGCAAGAAUCACGUUCCUCCGCCCAUGCCGAACCGCUGGGACACCAUGCCGCCACCCAUUCCGAGCUUCCCACAGAACUGGAUUCGGCCACAUCACAUGAAUCCAGCCCUGACGAUGAACAAUGCCGAGAUGUACUCGGAGAAUGACUACGAAAGUGGAUCCGUGCUGUACGAGCAAUGCUACCGACCGGACCAGAUGCCGCCGGUUCCUCCACCCAACAAUGGCCAUCAUUUCUUCAGCCAUGCUGGCGAGCCGACGGAGGAGUUCUAUCGGCACAUGAAUAUGGAGUUCGCUCAAGACAUGGGCUUCGAACCGGCCAGCCCUCCAGCGCCCUGCCCGGAGACACCCUUCAACAGCAAAUAUCUGACCGGGCCCGGCGCUGCCGACAGUCCCAUCAUAUCCCGCAAGGUAGGUGUCAACACGACAGCCCGGGGCCACUUGCCCAACAGUGCGUCCAACAAUAGCAACAACUACAAUAGUCAGCACAGCACUGGCCAGAGUUCCGAAAGCGACAGUGACAACCGGUGGGCUCCCGCCCGAACGAAACGCAGUAGAAGUAGAUCGAAAAGUAGUGAUAGAAAAUACAAUAGGACUCUUAUUCGAUAAAGUCUUACCCGACUCUAUCCAUACCUACGCUAAACAAACAAAAACAAGCUAAUCUUAAGCUCUAUUAUACACAAAAUUAAGCAAAUAAGGCAUACAAAUAAUUCACCUUCUCAAGUAAAAACGUAGGCAUGUCAAUGCAAAGGCAAAUCCCAAUCUUUCUUCGUAGGCUCAUUAACUUUUACCUUUAACGACAAAAGUAUGAACGCAAAGCAACAUUAAGGGAGCUCUGUAAUCAGUCUCUUUCUCUCAAUCAUUCUCUUACUCACUCACUCUUAGCAAUCUAAUCUCCCCGCGCGUCGUCGGAGCGGUGCAUUCAGCGAAGGGGGAGCCAAGGUGUAGAAAGGUGAUCGUUUGACCGCGAGUUAUUUAAUUUCCGAACCAGCAGCGCCGAGUGUUGAUUAUAGGACGGAUGAUGGGCGGAGCUGCGAAGGCACAAUAGAGGUUGCCUUCUCGCGUCGGCGGAGGAACAAUGAUUUGGCUUUGGUCUAAGUAGGCGGUUACAUGGGCGGUCGCGUCGUAGUAAGCAACAAGAGGCUCAAAUUAUGUUUUAAGUAAAUAGAGAUAAGGUUAUUUAUUAGAUUUGUUUUAACCGAAACGUGAUUCGCACAACUGUAGCUAUCUUCAGGUUUUAUAAGUAUUAUGCUUUUAGUUCAAUUAUUGCACUUUGUUGAUUAAAUUCUCUCUAUCGGAAUUUGUUGAGUAUGCUUAACAGUCGAAGUAUCAAACAGUAAAAUAACAGAGGCAAUUGGGAGUUAGGAUGAUUGCUUUCAAAUUGUUAGGCUGUUUAUUUCUAUUCCGUUAAGUGUGUGAAUGAAGACUCGACUGUAUAAACUUAUUCAAUGAAAUGUUAGAAUCAUUUUUUAUAACCGUAAGAUAUUGAAGGGCUGGAAUCCUCGCCAACUGUUGAACAGUCCGUAAAGUAUGCACAGAGUGUUCAACAAUGCCAACAUUGUUUUCCUAUGCUAAUUUUUGUUAAGAAUUGCAUUAGCAACUUUACUCCGUUGCAGUGUGGAAUAACGAAUGAAACACUGCAUGCAGCUUAUUCGCGACGGAGCACGGACGACAACAGUCGCACAGCGACAGUAAAGAGCACCUCACAAUGGACACGUUUACGUACGUUUGAAGUUUUCCCAUGGAACACAGACGUAUCCAUUGUACGGGGCUCCUAACGUGUCACUUCGGCUGGGAGAAACUUUUUGAUCAAAGCCUGCCAUGAGUGACUUUGAAACUUCCGUAAAGAAAGAAGAAAAACAAUCCAAGGUUCUUACAUCAAGGUUCAAUCACCUCGUCAGUAAAUGGAAGAGUUGAACGCGGGAGUGAAAAAUUCAUUUUCAGUGAAAAACGUUAUCAAUUUCGCUAGCUGUUUCAUACACAAAUCUAAGAUGGUUGAAUCGGGUACUUGACAGAUUGGAUUACCUGAUUGAAUUCAUCUUGGAACAAUCCUUUCUAACCUUUUUGACACUUCGAAGGUAUAUUAUAUAUGCGCCUCCAAUAUGGAACAAUAAAAAUCACCACAACGUUUUACAGUGCUAAAAUAAAUGUUAGUUCAUAAACUAAUCCAUUAAAUGAACGCUUGCAGAAGUCUAUUGGGAUUUCGAAUCACAACAAACAGAUCUCUGCUACGGUGUUGAACUUAAUCUGUAGAUAAAAAAAAAACACUUUAAUAAAGAUUUAAAAAAACAGAUCUCUGCUAGGGGUUCAUCGAGGUUAGGGCUCUGACGUGGUAGUAUUUAUCGAUAAUAUCAAUAAUGGAUUUAUAUAACUUCGAUAUCGAAUUUUGAACCCGUUAUCUAAUUGAGUGAUACACGAGUUCAUUAUUUUGAAUUUUGGAAGGUAACAAUUUCAUUUUAACGGUGUUGAACUUAAUCUAGAAUUAAAAAAACACCUUAAUAAAGAAUUUAAAAAAAAAUCAUUUUAAAUGAACUCGUUAUAUGAAAAAGAAUCAUUUCGACACCGGUCAACUUUGUUGUACGGGAAUGGCAAAGACGCAUAAAAAAAGUGUAGCUCAAUGUUUGUCACAUAUUUUUAACCGCUUUUGCAUAUGAUUUGGAAUCCUCUCGUAUUGAACAUGGGCCAGAUCGGAUUACGGUCUCAAAAGUUAUGGCCAAUCUUUUAUUUUUUAAAUGCAUGAGAAAAGCACAAGGUGAAUUGAUCGUUUACAAAAUUUAAAUUUAUAAUUCAUAUAAGGUUUUAUACUUCAAAUAAGUAUUGACGAUUCCAAUGAGAAUUCCCAACCCUAAAAAAUGCAAAUUCCAAUGAGAAUUAAAAAUUCUAGCAAAAUUGGAUAAUUCAAAAAGAAAUACAAUUCUUAUAGGAAUAAUUAAUUCUUUUUUGACUUAUUAAUUAUUACAAGAAUUUUUAAUUUUCAUUUCAAAUUUGCAUUUCAACUUGGUAUUCUAUUAGUAUUUCCUCAGUCAUUAGUUGAAAGUUUUCCUAUGCCAGCCAUUGCAUGAGAAUGUUUUCCACCCGAAAACAUUCUAGACCACACCGAGAAUCGAACUCGCUAUCUCCGGAUUGGCAAUCCUACGCAUUUGCUCGCAAGACUAACUGGAGACCCCUUGUGUAAGUUCUAAAGGAUAUUUUAUUUUGGUUUACUUCGGUAACUAAUGCGAUCAAUGUGAUGGGAUAUAUUAAUACGCAUUGAAAAUCUUCUUCUCACGAUCCGUCACGCAAUAAUUAAUCAUUCGCUCUUCGAAGCAGAUGUUUUUUUUGUACUCCGUGGACAACCCGGCGUACUGAACGAUAACACGUUCCAUUUCGCACUAGUUAAUUAUCUGCUAUUUGAGGCAAAUUUUUUACUUCGCGGACGACCCGGCGUUCCAAACGAUAGCGCGUUUCAUCGCGCACUGAUUAACUAUAUGCUUUUGAUGCAGAUUUUUAACUUCGCGUACAACCCGGCGUUCUGAACGAUAACACGUUCCAUCGCGCACUGAAUAAUUAUUUGCCCUUUGAUACUUAA